GCGGCGAGGCGGGGCCGAGGAGAGCGGUUGGAGGUGGGAGUCGGCGCUGCGGGCCGGGCGGGGCCGCGAUGCGGGCGGGAGCGCGUCCGUGACCGGAGCUGCCGGCCGACAUGAACUCGCUGGAGCAGGCGGAAGAUCUCAAGGCUUUCGAGAGGAGGCUCACCGAAUACAUUCACUGUCUGCAGCCCGCCACGGGGCGCUGGAGAAUGCUUCUCAUAGUGGUAUCUGUGUGUACAGCUACUGGUGCCUGGAACUGGUUAAUAGAUCCGGAGACACAAAAGGUGUCGUUCCUCACGUCGCUGUGGAACCACCCGUUCUUCACCCUCAGCUGCAUCACCCUCAUCGGCCUUUUCUUCGCCGGCAUCCACAAGCGCGUGGUGGCCCCCUCCAUCAUAGCUGCGCGGUGUCGGACUAUAUUAGCAGAGUACAACAUGUCUUGUGAUGACACAGGAAAGCUGAUUCUGAAACCGAGGCCCCACGUCCAGUGACAGUGUGCAGCCCGCGGCGGGCCCGGAAGCAGCCUUUCCUCAGACCUGGCCCCGCAGCAGCCACAGCCUUCCCGGGGCGGGGGAGGUGGACGGCAGCGAGACCGCCGACAGCCUGUGCAAUACUCACCCGGAGGCUCGGCGGCGGGGACCCCAGGAUCAGCGCCCCCGGAUCAGCGCCCCACCCGGGAUCAGCCGGCCCCACGGGCCGUUCGCGUUCAGUAUUAGCGUCACUUUAGUACUUCGGAGCCUGCAGCGGUGGUUGCAGGGGAAGUGUGUGUGUAUGUUACUAAGUAAAACUUAGAAACAGAACCUCAUCAGUUUUUAUAAUGUAUUUUUUCAAACUACUGUAAAUAGCAGAUCGAUGCCAGUGUCAAAGAGGAAGCGCUCUGUGGACUUGUCCUCCUGCACCAGCUGCCGGAAGGGCGGCGCGCCAUCGCCACGGCCUUCACCGCCUCCCGCUCCGUGCAGUGCCUUCCUCUGCCAGCUCCUCUCCAUCAGAUGCAGGGCCGCGGCGUGGGCUUGGCCGGGAGAAACUCCUCUCCAUUAGUUAUAAGAAAUCCUAAAUGUUUUGAGAAACAGUUUUCGUUAAACCAGAGAGUGAACUUCAGCCACUACGGGGGAGAUAUUUUACUAGUCAUUGUUUUCAUUUAAUGCUAAAUUUACUUUAUGUUUUAAAAAUAAUUUUAAGAACACUCCAGAGGCUUCUGAAAAUGCCGGUUUAGUUAUCAAUUAUGUAUUGUCUGGGAAUGGAUGGUUAUUGUUUUAGAUAAUUGGGUUUUACGCUGUGGUCAGCGUGCCAUGGCACUAGGAUUGCAGUGUCCUUGAUCGUCGGCUCGUCACCAGGAGAGCCGGGCGGUGCCACACGAGAACAGUCAUCACCGUUAGUGUGACUGACAUGCUGAGUGUGCAUCUCAGCCACAUGGACUCUGUGACCUAGAAUUAAAGUAUUGGGAUUGCUAUAAAUAUUUUAAAGAACUGGAGGUGUCUUUUAUCUGUUUAUUAGAAGAUUUUGAGAAGGUUUAAAUUAUUUCAAGAGCAAUCUUUUAAAUUUCAUUUAACAUAAAGCUGAGAAUUCAGUAACAGGACAAGAACUUUUUAACCAGGCGACCGUUUCAUGGAAACAUGUUCCUCCGGCCUGUCACCUGCGUCAGGUUUUAUUCUUUGGACUGUAGCAAUAAAACGUGCUCCUGAGAAGUCUUAAGAGGGUAUUCUGUGUUCUGCGUUGUUGUAUUUUCUGUAAAUUUUGUAGGUAAAUAUGUGCAUAAAAUAAAUACUUUAUAUAUAA